AUGGCAGGAGGCUCCACUAGGAUCCAUGAGAACCUGCAAGACGAGAAAGCACAAGAACUCCGGGGAAGAAGUGAUAAGAUACAGUUCCACAACAUUUCUCUGUAUGUGUUUCCUGCAGAUGUUCAGCAGCUGUCGGUGGUUAAAGAAGAGGUUCCCCCUGAGCAGCAGGAGUGUAGCUCCAGUGUGGACCAGCAGGAGCCAGAGCCCCCCCCAGACAUUAAAGAGGAACAGGAGGAACUGUGGAGCAGUCAGGAGGGAGAGCAGCUUCAAGGGCUGGAGGAGGCUGAUAUCACCAAGUUCCCAUUCACUCCUGUCCCUGUGAAGAGUGAAGAUGAUGAAGAGGAAGCUCAGUCCUCACAGCUUCAUCACAGACAAACUCAACACAUGGGAACAGAAGCUGAUGGAGAGGACUGUGGAGGACCAGAACCAGCCAGGAACUCACAUCCACUUUUACAACCAGAGACUGAAGACCAGACUGGAGACUCUUCUGAUCCUGAGACUGAUGACAGUGCUGAUUGGAAGGAGACCAGAGAACCUCAGUCAGCUUUAAACUCUCUGAAACAUGAUUCAAGAUGUAAGAAACAAUUCAGCUGCUCUGAGUGUGGGAAAAGAUUUGGCCGCAGGACACAUCUGAAGAGACACAUGAUGACUCACACAGGAGAAAAACCUUUCAGCUGCUCAGUUUGUAAGAAAUCUUUUACACAGAGAGGAAGUUUACUGUCACACAUGACAGUCCACACAGGAGAGAAACAUUUUAGCUGCUGUGAGUGUGGGAAAUCUUUCACUGAAAGUGGACACCUGAAGAGACGCAUGAUGAUCAUUUCUCAUUCUGGAGAAAAAUCUUUCAGCUGCUCAGUCUGUAAGAAAUCUUUUACACAGAGUGGAUAUUUACAAAAACACAUGAGAAUCCACACAGGAGAGAAGCCUUUUAGCUGCUCAGUUUGUAAGAAAUCUUUUAGAGAGAGAGGACAUUUACGGUCACACAUGGCAGUCCACACAGAUGUUCAGCAGCUGUUGGUGGUUAAAGAAGAGGUUCCCCCUGAGCAGCAGGAGUGUAGCUCCAGUGUGGACCAGCAGGAGCCAGAGCCCCCCCCAAACAUUAAAGAGGAACAGGAGGAACUGUGGAGCAGUCAGGAGGGAGACCAGCUUCAAGGGCGGGAGGAGGCUGAUAUCACCAAGUUCCCAUUCACUCCUGUCCCUGUGAAGAGUGAAGAUGAUGAAGAGGAAGCUCAGUCCUCACAGCUUCAUCAGAGACAAACUCAACACAUGGAAACAGAAGCUGAUGGAGAGGACUGUGGAGGACCAGAACCAGCCAGGAACUCACAUCCACUUUUACAACCAGAGACUGAAGACCAGACUGGAGACUCUUCUGAUCCUGAGACUGAUGACAGUGCUGAUUGGAAGGAGACCAGAGAACCUCAGUCAGCUUUAAACUCUCUGAAACAUGAUUCAAGAUGUAAGAAAACAUUCAGCUGCUCUGAGUGUGGGAGAAGAUUUGGCCGCAAGUCACAUCUGAAGACACACAUGAGAACUCACACAGGAGAAAAACCUUUCAGCUGCUCAGUUUGUAAAAAAUCUUUUACACGGAGAGGCAAUUUAAUUUCACAUAUGAGAAUCCACCACGGGGAAAAACCUUUCAUCUGCUCUGACUGUGGUAAAGCUUUCGCUGAAAGUGGAACACUGAAGAGACACAUAAGAACUCACACAGGAGAAAAACCUUUCAGCUGCUCAAUUUGUGAUAAAAGAUUUGGCUACAAGACACAUCUGAAGACACACAUGAGAACUCACACAGGAGAAAAACCUUUCAGCUGCUCAGUCUGUAAUACAUCUUUUACACAGAGAGCAAAUUUAUGGUCACACAUGGCAGUCCACACAGGGGAGAAAAGUUUCAGCUGCAGUGUUUGUAACAAAAGAUUUGUCUGGCGUUCUGAUGUCAAUAGACAUAAAUGUGUUGGUCAGAUGGAAACAGAAGCUGAUGGAGAGGACUGUGGAGGACCAGAACCAGCCAGGAACUCACAUCCACUUUUACAACCAGAGACUGAAGACCAGACUGGAAACUCUUCUGAUCCUGAGACUGAUGACAUGGAAUAACGUUUGUGCCUUUUAAGUGCAAGCAAUACUUCUCAAGUAUCAAACAAAAAUCUUUAUGUAUCAACAUCUAAAUAGAAGACAUUAUAUUGUGUGGUAGGAAAAAGUACACUCUUAUUUUAAAUAUUUUAUUAGAUAUUGUUUUGUCUGUCAUAUAAUCAAUUAUAAUCUAGAAAUCAGACAAAUGUAACCACCCGAUAUUUUAUAUGGCCCACACAUAUAUUCACUUCUUUCUAAGUAAUGUAUGAUUAGCAAGACUCACUAUUAGUCAUGUAUCAAUAUGGGAGUUUAUUCAAUAUACAUUGGGUUCAUGUUUAAGCACAAUUUAGGCCCAGCUGUCUCGGAGAGGAGACUUUUCUGUCUGUCAGGGAGACAGGAAGUGCAGGUUGAAAGCUAUCUUUAGUUUAAACAAGGGAGAUGUGAGGGAGGUAGCAUAGGGAAGUUAGCCUAGCAAGGUGUUUCCUGUCAGGGAGAGGAGGAGUUUUCUCUUUGAAGCAAAGCUGAGAUGGACAUAUGAUCUGUAGAAAACUAUAAAAACUCACUUGUGCACUCACUUGCUGUGUCCAAAGGUGGUCCGGUGUGGUCACCAGGACAUGCUGAGUACCCUCCAGGAUGAAAUAAAGUGAAAUCAUUUGAAGUAAACCAUCUGUUGACUAGCAUGUACAUUAGUAGUUAUUGUCUGGGUCACAAGGACCUACUGUAGGUGUACUUCAGGAAGAUGAGAGGACAGUCAAAAUAUCACCACUUUAGGUCCAUUUAAAGAUGUAACCAACAUGAGGUAACUGUGGGCGUGAAUGUGUCCAACUGACACCGCCCAAAACGCUGUAUAAGAAGAGAGUCGUAUGAAACUUAGAUUCAGUUGUCUACCGCCGGUGGUCAGUUGAUGUGUCCGAGGCAGCUCGGUUUGUUAAAAUGAAACAAUGGACUGAAUAUCAACAGUCUCUGGAGUCUUCAUGGUGUCCUCGCAUAUAAAUAAAAUGGAUAGAAAGGCCAUUGGACUGUUUGCUGUGGUCAUUUGAUGGGUACACAACAAAAUAGCAAUUGUUGUUAGUUGUCCAGUGACAAUAUGCGUCAGCGGGGCCAUAAAC